AUAAAGCAGCCAUAUCUCUUGGCUCCUCUGCACUCCCCAUCGUGUUUCCACAGCUCUGAGCCAGAGACCAGCCACACGGUCGUCCUGUGAACAACAAAACCGUGAUGAAGGCAACAGGAGUCAGAAUGCUAUUCACGGCAGGAAGCCCCAGCAUCCGGUGAGAAAUAAGAAGUACUAGAGCACAGGAUGCGCCCUGGGUCAGGGGGACGUAAAAAGCCUGGAGUCUGUAACCUUCUCUGCACCAGAGCUGUAGCGGCUUUGCAGCAGAGGCACAGCCCUCAGCUCCCCUCGGAGCACAACCCGGUGCCAAGCUCUAAGAUCCAGAGGGGGCUGCUGUCAUUGAGGGGGAGUCUAACCUCUCCCUGAAGAAGACACAGCAGAAUGGCCACCUCAACAGGUUUGCUGCUGCUGCUGCUGCUGCUGCUGCUGCUCCUGGGCCAGCCCCGGGUAGGGGCUGCUGCUGAUUCAGAGGCUGUCGUAUGCCAGGGGACUGCCUGCUACACUGCCCACUGGGGCAAGCUGAGCGCCGCUGAAGCCCAGCAUCGCUGCAAUGAGAAUGGAGGCAAUCUAGCCACGGUGAAGAGCGAGGAGGAGGCCCGGCACGUCCAGCAAGCCCUGGCUCAGCUCUUGAAGACCAAGGAACCCUUGGAAGCCAAGAUGGGCAAAUUCUGGAUCGGGCUCCAGCGAGAGAAGGGCAAGUGUACGUACCAUGAUUUGCCAAUGAAGGGCUUCAGCUGGGUGGGUGGUGGAGAGGACACAGCUUACUCAAACUGGUACAAAGAGAGCAAGCGAUCCUGUACCUCUAAGCGCUGUGUGUCCCUGAUACUGGACCUGUCCUUGACACCUCACCCUAGUCACCUCCCCAAGUGGUAUGAGAGCCCCUGUGGGACUCCUGAUGAUCCAGGUAAAAACAUUGAAGGUUUCCUGUGCAAGUUCAACUUCAAAGGCAUGUGCAGUCCCCUCGCCCUGGGUGGUCCAGGGCAGGUGACUUAUACCACCCCUUUCCAGGCCACCACCUCCUCCCUGGAGGCUGUGCCUUUUGCCUCUGCUGCCAAUGUAGCCUGUGGGGAUAAGGCUGAGAAUAAGGUCCGUUAUUUCAUAUGCAAUGAAAAGACUCCAGGUAUAUUCCAUUGGGGCAGCUCAGGCCCCCUCUGUGUCAGCCCCGAGUUUGGCUGCAGUUUCAACAAUGGGGGCUGUCAGCAGGACUGCUUCGAAGGUGGGGAUGGCUCCUUCCGCUGUGGCUGCCGGCCUGGAUUUCGGCUGCUGGACGACUUAGUAACUUGUGCUUCUCGGAACCCCUGUAGCUCCAGUCCAUGCACAGGAGGGGGCACAUGUCAUCCUGUACCCCUCAGCGAAAACUACACAUGCCAGUGUCCAAAUGGCUACCAGCUGGACUCUAGCCAAGCACACUGUGUGGAUAUAGAUGAGUGCCAGGACUCCCCCUGUGCCCAGGGAUGUAUCAACACUCCUGGAGGCUUCCAGUGUGAAUGCUGGGUGGGCUACCAAUCCAGUGGUCCCAAAGAGGAGGUCUGUGAGGAUGUGGAUGAAUGUGCCCACUCACCCUGUGCCCAUGACUGUGUCAACACUGUUGGCUCUUUCCACUGCUCCUGUAAAGAUGGCUAUGCCUUGUCUGGGGAAGACAGUACCCAAUGUGAGGAUAUAGACGAGUGUUUAAACUCCAGCGGCAAUACAUGUGACACCUUUUGCUUCAACUCGGAGGGUUCCUUCAGCUGUGGCUGCCUGCCAGGCUGGGAGCUGGCUCCCAAUGGAGUCUCUUGUAUCAAGGGCAUUGUAUCUUUAGAACCACCAACCAGACCUCCCCAAAAGGAUGGCAAAGGUGAUAAAAAGGGGAGUACUGUGCCUCCUUCUGAAAUGCCCAGUUCUUCCAGAGGCUCUGAGAAUGUCUACAAGGGAGGACACACCACAGAUCAUCCCUCCCUCCCAUCGGAUACCUCCAAUGCCUCUGUUCCACCAGAAAUAUCAGUCCCUAGUGAGGCAUCUGGUGUCUGGAUGGAGUUGAGUACACACCUCCCCACGGCCACUGGCCAUAGCAAGCCCACACAUGAAGAUUCUGUGGCGGCACACAGGGACAGCGACACCAAUGGGCAGAAGCUGCUUCUGUUCUACAUCCUGGGCACUGUGGUGGCCAUCUCACUCUUGCUGGCUCUGGCCUUAGGGCUUCUCAUUUAUCGUAAACGGAGAGCCAAGAAGGAAGAGAUAAAAGAGAAGAAGCCCCAGAAUGCAGCUGACAGCUAUUCCUGGGUUCCAGAGCGAGCCGAGAGCCGAGCCCUGGAGAAUCAGUACAGCCCAACACCUGGGACAGACUGCUGAAGACAAUGCGGCCAUAGAAACACAGGCAGCUGCCACUACUUUCAGAACUUUCCACUCCCGGAUAAGGGGGAGACCUACAUCAUUCUGAAAGACUGGGCUGGACUCUCAGCAAAGAAUGUGCACUGUCCCCUUAAGAGUCUGGUGACAUGGGAUGGGCAGGUAUUCUCCAGCUGCAUUUGCUUUGUCUAGGCCUGAAAACUGUGUGUUGGCUUGUCAUUGUGGGGAGUUUUGUGGAUAUUGACAAGCCUCACUCACAUAACCCUUUCAAAUCCAAAAUCAACUGAUUUAAUGUGUUCUUCUGGUUCCUGAUCAGGACUUGAGGAGUCACGGGGGGUGGGGGAAGUGGGGUGGGGGGGCUUCAAAGACUUUUCUUAUCUCUUCAUUCAUCGGAGAAGAAAAGGAGCUACUGGUGCUAAUUAGGAUGGAAACAAUUCCUUUUCCUUCCUAGGGUAGAGAACAAAACCAUUUAAUUAUUUAACUGUGUGAGAAGAAGGCUCUACCCUUCCUAUGCGGGACUUUUUCAGGAUGGCUGCCUUUGUGUACAUUUGCCGUCUGGCAUUUCCCCUUAAUCCCCCUCAGUAUUGUUGAAACUGUCAGAAUGAGAGGAAGUUCAACCCACUGCUUAGGGAGCAAGCAGGCAGGAUGUUUAGACAUCCUACCCCCUCGUUCUUAACUUUCUGAUGGUCUUGGGCUUAUGGGCAAGUACAGCUGGGAACUGGAAAGUUGCUUCAAGUGAGUGAGAGGCCUUGGUAACAGCAUAAUCCAGGGGGAAGCAGCAGGGAUUAGGCUAACAGAUAUUCGAACUAAAUUUUCUGAAUGGACUGAUGUUAACACACUUGACUACUGAGAAACAAUAAUAGAACCCCAGGAACAAUUUGUCUUUGAGCCAGCACAGGCCCCCAACCCCACUCCCCUGUGUCCCCUCACUGCAUCCCUAACUGGGAAGCUUGGAUAGGGGGCCUUUUAUUCUGACUGUAAGGAAAAGAUGUGUGAACCAGGCGAUGAUGGCUUUGCUUUGAACACUGUCACUUAAAUGGAACUUAACCCAAUCCACAGUUAAGAGUGCAUCUGGAGGACUUUAGCCCUGAUUUGUCGGUGUGGCACACAUCAAACCAAGGACUAGUCACACAGAAGGUUCUCUCUGUUU